AUGUCUCUUGAAACAAAUAUUGAAAGUGUUGAAAAUGUAACUUCAACUGAUAUUCAACAUUCAACUGUACACAAAGAUAAUGUUCAAGUUUCAUCAGCUAUAAGUCAUGACUCAAUCAAUAAAGUUUCAUUAAAUGUUGGUUCAGAGAAAUUAUCGGAAUUAAUGGAUCGUUUAUCGACAACACACGCUCAAUUAGAUGAUUAUACACAAAAACGAACGAAAUUAAUCUCAAUUGAAACACAAAAUAUUAUCAAUAAAAUUUUAGAAGAAACGAAAGAAAAACAACGAUUACUUUUAUUAGAAGCUCAAACAAAAUCUGAACAAUUUCAAUAUGAAUAUCAAAAUAGUUUACAAAUGAAAAUUAAUCAAUUAAAUGAAGAAAAAGCUCAACAAUUGGCCUUGUUGGAAAAAUCCUUAAAUGAACAACAAGAAUCGAUUUUAAUAAAUGCAAGAGAAAAUAUUGAUCAAUUACAAAAAGAAGCCAAUCAAAAAAAAAUGAAUAUUCUUCAAAAAGCACAAGAAAUAACAAAUGCUCGAUUAGAACAAAUAACUGAACAAGUUGUUCAUAUUGGACAAGAAGAUUCAGCAAAUCGUUUAGCAUCACAAACAACAACUGUUAUUACAACGCAAUCUGUUGCACAAGGACAUUCAGAACAAAAUCAUUUUGUUCAAGGACAAACAUACGCACAAAUUGCAGCUAAUUCCUAA